CAGGCAGAGAUGGGACGCCGAAAGUCAAAGCGAAAGCCUCCGCCCAAGAAGAAGAUGACGGGCACGCUGGAGACACAGUUUACUUGCCCCUUCUGUAACCACGAAAAAUCCUGUGAUGUUAAAAUGUUGCCGUCCUUGACCUUUGAUUCUGCAGAUCUCUCGGAACCUGUGGAUGUUUACAGUGACUGGAUAGAUGCUUGUGAGGCGGCCAAUCAGUAACAGGGACUGGAGAAGAA